GUAUUUUUUACAUCGAUUUGUCUUAAGCAGUCUAUUAAAUAUUUAUUUGUUUACUGUACUUAUCUUAUUCUUGGAGUGUCUAAAGGUCUAAAGUGUAAUGUAAAGAAAAAUCCUAAUAGGUAAGAUUCAGAAGAUACAAGUAGAGUGCUGCUUUUGCAUGCGUAUUCAUACGUUGUUUUUCAAUUGUUUCUCACGCAAAAAGCUUUUGUUUUAAAACAAUCGAUAGUCGUUGGUAAACACCGCGAAAAAAAUGACUAUUAAAAUGCAAAUAUGAACGUUUGCCAAGAGGUUGUAUCGCCAACUGCCAAAUUAUUGGAUGCUUCAAAGUACAAUUUACGAUGUAAUCGCAAUAUCAGUGAAAAAAUGACAAAGAAGGACUUCAUCUAUGACAUCCCUACACCUAUGCAGACCGUACGAAAGGUCGAGGUACAAAAACAAUCGAUUAUCUUGCUACGACGAAAAGACACCGCCGGCUCGAAAAUGCCACAUUAUACUGUAAUUUCUGAGAAACUAGUGGACGAUGGUGGUAGCGGUGAUGCAACUGUUGUUGCUAAUCGACGUGCUUUAAAAUACAUGUGCAAUCUCUGCCAAGAGCCGAUUGCCACUUUGUUUUCUUUGUCGACUCACGUCAAAUUUCACUGUCAGAGAUAUUGCAAGAUAUGCUACUGGAUUUUGCGUGAAAACGAGACAAUGGAACGACAUGUUAGCAGUUGUCAUCGAAUUGUACCGGAGAUCAUAAGCUUCUAAUACUUGAAAACUCGCUCAAGAAAGUUGACAUUCCGAAUAGUAUUAAUUGAAAUAAAUGCAGGAAUAUUCUAUACCUUAACUGUUGCAUUUAUAUAUGGGAUUACUUUUAAAUUUAGAAUUAUGUUGAUGAAUUGUGUACGUAAUUACAAUUACCGCGUUGGGGACGAGCCCAGCCACAAUUACAAAAAAAUAAAUUUAUCAAUUAAUUGAAAU